UUUUUGCCCCCAAAUAAUAGCUUAUUCAAGCAGCUGGAGAGCAUCAGGGCGACUUUACUAAACAUGGAAGUUCCAAUAAGUGCUUGUCCAGUCCAGCCAGAGGAGUGAUGUCAUUGCCACGUGUUUCCCACCCGGGCACAAAAGCCCGCUGGACGCUGGUGCAAUUAAGAGCCAUGUUUAGACAAGAGCAGCUAACCUGGCCAGCUGGUCCCCAGCUCCAUUAACUUGUUGCUUUUCCAGCCAUCUCUGAAGGCUGUUAGUUUCUUCUGGCUGUUAGUUUCCUCUGUGUCAGUGCUGAGUGAGGGGUCCCAAGGCUUCCUUGAGGAUGGAGGAAGCCCGAGGGCAGUGGGUGAUGUUGACGGACCCAGCGAUGACUCUGAACAAUGUCACCAUGCGCCAGGGCACCGUGGCCAUGCAGCCGCAGCAGCAGCGCUGGAGCAUCCCAGCAGACGGCAGGCAUCUGAUGGUUCAGAAGGAGCCCCACCAGUACGGCCAGCGCAGCCGUCACUCAGCUGCCCCGGAGGACCACUGCCGCCGGAGCUGGUCUUCCGACUCCACAGACUCAGUCAUCUCCUCCGAGUCGGGGAACACCUACUACCGGGUGGUGCUCAUAGGGGAGCAGGGGGUGGGCAAGUCCACUCUGGCCAACAUCUUUGCAGGUGUGCAUGACAGCAUGGACAGCGACUGCGAGGUGCUGGGAGAAGAUACAUACGAACGAACCCUGAUUGUUGACGGGGAAAGUGCAACGAUUAUACUCCUGGACAUGUGGGAAAACAAGGGAGAGAAUGAAUGGCUCCAAGAUCACUGCAUGCAGGUCGGGGAUGCCUACUUGAUUGUCUACUCCAUCACGGACCGAGCCAGCUUUGAGAAGGCAUCUGAGCUGCGAAUCCAGCUCCGCCGGGCUCGGCAGACAGAGGAUAUUCCUAUAAUUUUGGUCGGCAACAAAAGUGACCUGGUGCGGUGCCGGGAAGUGUCUGUAUCAGUGGAACAUUUGACAUUGAGGCUGCUCCAGAAAGCCUGUUUGUAUAGUUUGCUGUCACUGUAUUGUACAUGUGUGAAAUCAUCAAAAAGUUUUUCAAGAAGGGAGAGCGUGUGCUGUGGUGUUCGACUGCAAGUUCAUUGAGACCUCCGCAGCUGUCCAGCACAAUGUGAAGGAGCUGUUUGAGGGCAUCGUGCGGCAGGUCCGCCUUCGGCGGGACAGCAAGGAGAAGAAUGAGCGGCGGCUGGCCUACCAGAAAAGGAGGGAGAGCAUCCCCAGGAAAGCCAGGCGCUUCUGGGGCAAGAUCGUGGCCAAAAACAACAAGAAUAUGGCCUUCAAGCUCAAGUCCAAAUCCUGCCAUGACCUCUCUGUGCUCUAGGCACCCAGAGUCGCCCAGAUGUCUCCCUGAUGGACGUCAUCGAACACCAUUGGGACUGAUAAUCUAUAUUAGAUUGGAUCCUUAAGUAUUAUUACAUAUGGCUUCCCCCAUUGUAGCUGGGAAUUAAUGUGUUAGCCUUAAGGGCAACAUAAUGCAUGGGAAAUGAAAGAUCUUUGUAAAAUCAGUAUUUAUUUACAGGAAAAAGCCUGACCUGGCUACUUGAACACCCAAGACUCAUUAGAGGACAUGUUUGGUGUUCACUUGUGUUCCUCUCUCCUUUGGAUAGUAGAGAAUUGAAGCCUACAAAAGAAUGCUCAGAACGAGAACUUUUCAUCAUUAAAAUUUCACCCAGUGUUCUGAUACAUGAAUUUGAGGCCAUUAGGUCAUACACAAAUGUAGGAAAGCCUUUAAGGGCUUUAUUCAAAGGAGGGAGAACUUCUUUCUCUGUACUUUGUAUUCAUGGAGCUAGAAUUAUAGAACCAGGCUCAUCAUAAUCAUGACCAUCAUGGCUCCAUCAAGCUGUGAAAUGAAAUGGUGGACCUUGCUGGAAACUGAAGCUUAGUGAACAAUUUUUGUUCAGCGCCCACAGUCGGGGAUCCAGAAAUUUGUAGAAUUGGGAACUGAUACAGAUACUACUUAUGGGAUCAAAAAGUCAUAUCUUUGCUUCUGUGUCUUGUAAUUUUUUGUUUAGGGGAAAAUUAUUUUAAUCAAAUUCUCCUCAGUCAAACCACCUUUUAUGUUUCAUUGUUUUUAAAGUCAUGGGGCCAUUCAUGACAAUAUUUUAAAAAUUUGAAUUAUUGAUAACCUGGAGUGCAAAAUGCCAAAUUUUGAAAUAUGAUCAAAGGUCUGAAUUUUUAUAAAACACAAAACAUAAAUACUUCCAGUACUUUGGGUUGACCAUUGUAUGCCACAGCUCUGCUCUAUUUAUUGUUAUUUUGCAAAAUAAUAACCAUUUUAACAUUUGAUAAAGCGUAUUUAUGAGCAUAUUUCUUAAUAGGAAAAAUGUCCAUUUUAUUACCAUUUUCUACCUUUUUCAGAAUAUGCAAGUUUUUACCUAUGUGUCUUAUAAUAAAAGAAAUAAAAUCUUUGGGAAAAAA